AUGACAGACCAAAAACCGGCAUGCUGGCGAAUUUCUUGGCUCCGGAACCGGAGAUGGGAAAGUCGAACGACGGGAGAUGAGGAUGUUAUUCAUGGGGAUUUGAAGGGCCUUGGGGCAGAGGCCGCAGGAGUCGCCGCAUAUUCGGUGUAUGCGGGUCCUGUGGCAAGGGGUGGAAAGGUGAUUAAUGCGGAUGCGGCUUUGAGGCUUUCAUUGGCACGGUUUGUGACCGUUGUUGAUAUACGGAGGGGUUAUUAUAAUACACGCUGUGGAUGCGGAAGGGUCGAAGAGGCCGUUGAGCGCAAAACAGAACCCAGUGCGCUUCUGCAGCAUCCUGUUUCUUGA